AUGCAACUAAUUUCCAUUGCGCUCAUUACACUCUGCUUGAUCCAAUGUGUGCAAACAGAAAAUGACUUUAUCAACCUGGAUCUCUUUAUGAACAACAAGGGUGCCAAAGGUCCUGGAUCAGACUUUGACGGUGCUGGCACAUACUUCAGGUGCCCGCUUUUGUCCUCUUCAUCCAUUCAAGUCGGGAGCAUUGAGUAUCAACUAAACCAGAACAGCUCGCAUGACAAUAUGAUGAGUCUAGGCCAGAUUAUCACACUGGCCAACAGACCUUAUAGUGCCCUUUACUUGCUGGCUUCAGUCAACCAUGGCCCCAUCACAGCAGAAAUCACACUGGUCUAUCAAGAUGGAUCCAAAUCAACUACGAAUUUAAACCUACCGGACUGGCAAGUGAGGUAUACCGAUCAAAUACAUCGCAUUGAUCACAUCCCGUGCAUGUUGAAUACUGGCGCUUCUGCCAUCUUGAUGAGCGUCCCUUUACUGGCAGAUCCAUCAAGGAAUGCGUCUCAUAUCCUGUUUCCAUACAACAAUCCAUUAGGGUCUUUUGGUGCAGCAUUGCAUGUGUUUGCCAUGACAGGGAUAACUCCUGACGCAAAAAACGGGCUUCAGGUGAUAUCAGCCAAGGGCAGUCGACGGUGGUGGGAAAAUACACAGCAUGAAUAUCCCAUCGUGACAGUAAGAGUACAAAAUAUGGGUCUGAAUUGGAUUAAAGACGCUAGUGUGUUUGUGAAAGGCCCUCUGUUCAGAACACAGUAUCAUGGACAUAUCAAACGACUGGCGCCAGGACACAUCAUGAAUGUCGAUGUAGGAAUUCACACUGUGAGAAAAGGCCGUGUAUCUACCAAAGUGAUCAUUCAGCUAUUGGAUGCAUCCGGAAACGAGCUAGCUGAGCCCACCACCUUGGAUGAUGUAGCGAUUGGCAUUGAAGAGUAUCAGCAAGACGAAAGAUCGUUGCAUGGCCAUUCAGUGCCUCAUUGGUACGAAACAGCGAAAUUUGGUGUAUUUAUACAUUGGGGGCUCUACUCUGUUCCGUCAUGGGCUCCUGUGGGUGCGGAUUACGCAGAAUGGUAUUGGUGGAACUACAAUCGAAAGGGCAGUGCCACUUACAAUUACCAUCGGUCAUUCUAUGGGCCUGACAUUGAGUACGAUGACUUCAUUCCAGCGUGGCAUCCUGAUCAAUUUGACCCAGAAAAAUGGCUAGAUAUCAUUGAUUCAAGCGGGGCCAAAUAUUUCGUGUUCACCACAAAACAUCAUGAUGGGUUCGCAUUGUUUGAUACACAGGUGACGAACAGAUCCAGUGUCAAGAUGAACCCCUACAAAGACUUUACCAGAGAAUUACUGUCUUUGGCUAAAGAAGAGUAUCCUCACUUGAAGCGAGGCGUUUACUUUUCCAUGCCAGAAUGGUACCAUCCAAGUUACCAUGAUCGAUGGUUAAACUGGGAUGGACCUCCCGUCAAUCCUUACACAGGAAAGCAAGUGCCUUACACGGGCUCUCCAACAGUAAGCGACUUUGUCAAUGAGGUACAGGUACCUCAAGUGCUGGAAUUGAUUGAUCAAUAUGAGCCAGACAUCAUGUGGUGCGAUAUUGGUGGCAUCAACAACUCCACCAGUUGGCAGGCUUACUUUUUGAAUAAAGCGAGAGAACAGGGAAGACAGGUGACCAUGAAUGAUCGCUGUGGAAAUUCAGUGUCUGAUUUUACGACUGUAGAAUACAAAGGCAUAAGCCAUGUGCCUUCAAGAUUUUGGGAGUCAACACGCGGCAUAGAUCCACAUUCAUUUGGUUUCAAUCAUCAAACAAGGCCUGAUCAAUAUGCAACCACCGAAUCUUUGUUACAAGAGCUUGUGUCUGUUGUGGCAAAAGGCGGCAAUUUUCUACUGAACAUUGGCCCAGAAGCAUCAGGCCAUGUACCACAUGUCAUGAGAAAGACAUUAUACGAAAUAGGUCAAUGGAUCGACCGUGUGGAUGAAAGCAUUUUCGACAGCGUGCCUUACUGGGUGACAAGUCAGGAUUUGCAGGAGCCUGGACAGCCCUUGUAUUUCACACAGUCAAGAAAUGGCAGAUCGUUUUAUAUAUUCAGUUUUAAACCACCUCUCAGUCGUUGCAUUGUGGUAAAAACCAAGGUGCCUCUGCAUCCACAGGGUACCAUAUCGCUACUAUCGUCUGCAUACAAAGAAGAACCGCUCAAGUGGAGUAUGACGAGCAACGAUAGGUUGAUUAUCAAUGUACCUAAUCAUAUAAUGGACCAAGAGCAUUUGCUGUGGGUGUUUAAGAUUGAAGCACCUUAA